AUGUCUGCCGCUGUCGCCGGGCACCGGUUCGAGCUCCUGGCCCCGGGGCUCCUUGGUGAGCUGGCCUCUGCCCGGCCUACGGCCGAAUGCUCCCUCCUAUCGUCGCUGCCCGGGAGAACCGUGCUGCUGGCCGACACACUGGCCGCGCCGGCCGGGCCGAUGCUCUACGCGCGACUGACCCUGCCGAUCGCCCUGCGCCCCUCGAGCCCCGAUGACCCGGUCUUCCUCCGGCUCCGAUGCCCGGAGGUCGAAGAUCCGGCCGAGCUGACCAUCGCCGCGGGGGAGGCCCUCUCCCGGGCCGGGCCCUCCGGCAUCUCCGAGGGGCCGGCUCGGCGGUGGCGCCGACGGGUGCUCUUCUUCCUGGAGGACAUCUCGCCGCUGGUCCUGCGCGGCGAUCGGGCCCAGCCGCACCAUGUGCCGGCUUUCGCCCCGGGGCGGCUGCUGUCGGAGGUCUCCCGAGCCCUGGAGAUCGCGGCGGCCGGGCACUUUGGCCCAGACAGCGUCGAAGUGUGGUCGCUGGUGUCCCUGCCGGCCGAUCUCUUCCGGCCAUAUCUCCUGGCGGCGCUGGAGCGUCCCGCGGCCGCGGUCUUCCGGCUGACCGCCGAGGAUGGUCCCAUCCCUGGCCAGGGCCGCCACAUUGCCAGCACCAUUCCCGGGCUGGAGGCCCCGGAGCCGGUGCCGGCCGACGCCGGGCCCUUCCUCGGGGCCGAUGGCCCAGCGGCCCGAGCCGCCCGGCUGCUGGCCUACACGGCCUCCUCGGGCCCAGGCUGCCCGCAGGCCGGGGCACCGGCAGGCAAGUGGGCAAACACGGCCCUGCGCGUGCGCGCGCGACAUGCAUGCCAGCUGGUGCUGACGCUCAGCCGUCGCGGUGGCCGAUCCGCCAGCCAGUGGUGCCUGGUGGAAACGCUCUUCCUGGACCCGGGGCCUGGCGCCGCGGUCGGCCUGACCCGGCGGCCGCUCGUCGCAUGCGACUUUGCCGCCCUUGCCCCCCCAUCCCGGAACCCGGCCCCGGCAGCGCAGGCAGCUGCCUCGCGGCCGCCGGCGCCAGCGCAGGCAGCUGCCUCGCGGCCGCCGGCGCCAGCGCAGCAGCAGCAGCAGCAGCAGCAGCAGCAGCAGCCUCCCCUCCAGCCGGAGCCAGCUGCCGGCGCGAGUGCCGUGCCCCUGGCCUUGGAGCCGGACGCCGGCUUGGCAGCCGGUCUGGCCGGGGUGUCCUUCAGUCUCGGCCUGUCGGAGGCCGAACGUCGAGCCCGGGCCGAUGUCGAGUUGCCCUUCACCCGGGCCCAAACGGACAGCCUCUUUUAUGGAUCGCCCACGGCCGGGUCCGGGGCCACAAUCGCCGGCACAGGUGCCACUUCCGCUCCUGCGGCCGGCACUCUGCCGGCUCUUCCGCCGGCCGACUGGCUGUUCGGUGUGCAGGUUCCCUGGGCGCCCGGGCCGACGGGACUCAUCGAGUAUGUCUACGACGAGGGAGAUGACUUUGACGAGGACGAGCCCGACGAAGACCUUGAGCUGUAGUAGCUCCCCGGCCAUGUGACAAGCAAUAGAAGAGUACCCUCUCUGUCUC